AUGACUAGUAUCGUGGAGGAUUAUCUGGAGAGUCCUGGGAUCGAUAAUGAGACCGACGAUGUCUUCCCCUGUAAAGGCUGUGGAGAGAUCCUCGAAGAAGGCAAAGCAUUUGAAUUAGCCGGAAACCGAUGGCAUUUGGACUGCUUUCGAUGUAAUACAUGUGGCACAUUGCUCGACUCCGACGCAAACCUCCUACUCCUCGGAGAUGGAUCUCUCAUCUGCAACAACUGCACAUACAGCUGUAGCGCCUGCGGCAAUAAGAUUGAAGACCUAGCUAUCCUUACUGGGGAGCAGGCGUUUUGUGCCACAUGUUUCCGUUGUCGCAACUGUAAACGCAAGAUCGAAAACCUCCGAUAUGCUCGAACUUCACAAGGCAUCUUCUGCAUGGGCUGCCAUGAAACGCUCAUGGCUAGGCGGCGGAAAAAGUCAAAAGCUGCAGCUGCAGCGAAAGCAAGAGAAAAAGAGCAUUCACCUAUGAUCACAGAAAAGUCGUUGCCCGCUCUUCCUGCCAACGCCAUCCCUCCGAAUGCAUUUUCCAACGAUCGAGUCGACCCUGAUUCAGAUACUGCGACGGAGCUAUCUCCUCGCCCUCGGAAUCACGGUCGUACCGAAUCUUCAUCACGCAGCAGCUCCAGACCAGCUCGUUCUCCUGAGCGAAAACCCGACGGAUUAAACUUGCCCGCUACGACAUAUCGAAGCAACCGCAACUCAACCAUGAUGCCGCGAGGUGAAAAUACUUCUACUGAUGCCGACAGCUUCAUGAUAUCGGUUGCCCUCGACCCAAGUCCACAUCCAACUCCAAAAUCAACCUCAGAUCACCUGCCGGAAAGUGGGAAGUCCAAGGAGAAGGACUAUUUCGGUUCCGCUAAGCCCGCCUCAGAGAAGCGAAGCGAUUCCCAUACCUCUACCCCACAUAUCGCUUUCCAAGAAAAGGGCCGUCAGGCAUCUGCUUCUGAGCAUGAUAAUGCACCUAAGCUACCUGACCGGAAGCAUUCCAAGUCCUCACGAACUGAUUCGAGUAAACGGUCACCUGCCGCCGAUGAGAAGACCCAAAAGACAAGCGGACGCCGGCCUCCUACCGAGGACUUCAAGCUGCAAGAAGCGCCCAAGAGUAAGAAGCUACUUUCAAGAAGCAGCUCGCAAUCCUCUAGUAUACCGGCAGAAACGAACUCGGCGAGAACCAGCAAUGGACAACCAAGUAAGAGUGGUCAUAGCGGUUUGCCACACUCCGACAGUGCUGCUACCACACCCGCCUCCCGUUCAUCGUUGGAGUCGAGAUAUCUAGACGAUGACGAGCUUCGCGCUUCGAUGGACUCAUCAACAAGAACAUCCUCUAGACCCGAUAACGCAAAACCAAUUCCUCGAAAGGAAGCUUCUACAAAUUCUGGGAGAAAUGUAAAUGGCAGCAACCGACAACAGAGCCGACAAGAUGGCUCCGAUGAUCCUACACCCACCCGACAGACUCCGUCUCGCAGCAUGUCGGACCAAAAGAAAACCACGGAUACCUACAUGCAACCACGUUCGGCUCCAGCGCCUCCUGGCAGUCAAAACAACAAGGGCCAUGCCGCUGGCAAAGAAUCAGCCAAGGAUGAGAACGGAGAGCCCAAGCACUCGCCGAAGCUACCCAGAUGGAGCAGCGGCGGUGACUUCAGCAUGGACGAAGAUAUGGCACGGAUCUUGGGCACUGAUGAAGGCUCCACCUCCAUCCUCCGCAGGGUUUCAAACGCCGUCAGACAUGGCCGUACCAACAGCGUAGAGUCACCAAACCAGAUGGCGCAAAGAGUCGGCCAUAGCAGGAGUAUCAGCGAGACCACACGGGCAACUGGAUCGCCUCGAUGGCCCAGGACGCCGGUCGCUGAUGAUUACCAUGCGCAGGAUAUCAGCAGCCCCGUGUCUCUGGCAUCUGGCGAUGACCCUGCAUUCCUUAAGCGGCAACUACGAAACUCGGAACAGCGAGUUGCAGAGCUCGAAAGGCAGUUCACUACCGAGAAAGACCUCAAGAGCCUCAACAAGAAGCUGGUGGAGAAGCGAAAGACCGUUUCUGUUCUUGACACACAGACUGAGAUUAUGAUUCGACAGUUGGAAGUCUUGGCUGGAUAUGUCGAGCGAGCCAAGGAAACCAAAACGCCUGUAGACCCCCGGGACUUGGAGGAUUCUGCGAUCAAGGAGUUUGUUCAGAAGCUCGACAAGGUCAAAACGGUUAUGUCUGCCGCGAUCGAGCAGCUACACGAAGAGCGAGAUCUACUCUUCGAAGAGAAGGACAAGGCCAUAGCAGACCGAGAUCGUGCUCUGCUCGAGUUUGAGCAAUUGUCAUCUAAGAAUGCACAGCUCGCCGAUAUGAACAAUGAUUUGACGCACCAGAUUCAGGAACGCUUCAAGUCACAAAUCGGAGGAGAUAUCAAGUCUCCAGGUGGUCUGGGUAUUUAUGGUCCGGGCAAGGGUCUCAACAGCUCUUCUCUCAACCUCGACUCUGCCAGUCUGUCGACCGGCGCCACUUUAGUUCCUGCCGACGAAGAGCCUAUUGUCGAAGCCGGACCAACUGUGGUACAGGUCAGAAAAGGCCAAGCCAAGAAGUUCAACUGGAAGAAGGGAUCCAAGGGACUGGCCCAGGGUGUUGCUAAGGGCGUCAACAGAGCUGUCGUUGCAUUCCAGAACGAUCGCGAGAGAAUGCAGCAGCAGGGUCAACUGACUGGAGAGAAUAUUGGAAUGCCCUACAACAUGACAGUGGCUCAAGUUGAAGCACCUGCUGGUCUUCCUUCUAACGGCGUCAACUCGCAUGACAAGCACAGUGCGGCCGCUGCUCUGACCAAGAGACAAGAAGAGCGAGAGCGAGAACGUGAACGACAAGGGUUUGGGUUCUUUGGCAAGAAGAACGCUGUGCCAAAGUCUGGCUCUGCAGGUACCAUGAACAACAUCGAUGCGGCAGAACCUGCAACUGUUCUCUUCGGAUCCGAUCUUGAAGAGCGAGCAGACCACGAGCGUCGACAAAUACCCAGCGUGGUAACAAGGUGUAUCGAGGAAGUCGAGCUAAGAGGCAUGGAUCAAGAAGGUAUCUACCGGAAGACUGGCGGAAACUCGCAGGUCAACAUGAUCAAGGACGGUUUCAGCAAGGAUGAGAACUUUGACAUCUCGGACCCUGAUCUGGAUAUCACCGCUGUCACCAGUGUGCUGAAGCAAUACUUCCGCAAGCUGCCAACUCCCUUGCUCACGUUUGACGUGUACGAACGUGUUCUUGAGUCGAAUGCUAUUGUUGAUGAAACGGAACGAAGCGAUCACCUGCGUAAGACGUUUGCUUCGAUGCCCCAACGGCAUCGUGAUUGUCUCGAGUUCCUGAUGUUCCAUCUUGCACGAGUUGCUCAGCGUGAACCUGAGAACCUGAUGUCUCCCAAGAACUUGGCUGUCGUGUUUGCGCCUACCAUCAUGCGUGACACAAGUCUCGAGCGCGAGAUGACGGACAUGCACGCAAAGAACCUUGCGAUACAAUUUGUCAUUGAGAACAGUAACACGAUCUUCGAAGACGCUUAG